AUGAACAAAAAGAACCUUCAAGACAAAGUACAACGUUUAAGCAAUGAGCUUGAAGAAUUACGCUUGGAACGUGAAGAGUCGAAAAAGAACGUGAUGCACUUUAUUGAGGAGGCCGAUGUUGCACGGCAGGAAUUGGAAAAGGCACAGGCGACCAUUGCCCAUUUGACACAGCAACUCAAUGGAGGACUUGCUACACCACCACCUACAGACAAGUUAGCUCGAUUGUUGGCCAAGGUGCACUCUUUAGAUGACACUGAUCCUCUCAUGGACAAGCUACUCAACGUCUUGGAAGGAGGAGGCAACAGCGACAACGAGAUAAGGCAUUAUCAGCAGCAACUGCAGACUGCACAACGCGACCAUGAUCAACAAAGACAAUACCUGCAUCAAGCUCAGGAACGUAUUUCGCAACUAGAACGCGAGAAGCAGCAAAUCAAUGACAUGGUUGCCACUGGCAACCGCGACAAGGCCCAGCUAGAGGAACGUGUGACACGACUCGAAGAGGAUCAAAAGCACAUGGCGGAUGCAUUGGAUACAGCCAAUACAGAGAAAAUGAUGGCUCAGACAGCAUUAGAACGUGUUCAAGAAGAACGACAACGCAUGGAUGAUGCUCUUUCAGCUACCAACACUGCCAAGACAACAGCUCAAGAAGCCGUGGCUCGUCUAGAGGCUGAGAUUAAGCACAUGAGAGAGGCUUUAGCAGCUGCCAAUGCUGACAAGGACAGGAUGCAACAUGACAUCAACACUAUCCAAGAUCAAUUAUCCACAUUAAAAGAUGACUAUGCAACUGAACGCGAUCGUGCUGAGACCUUGGAACAACGAUGGCAAUCAUCCGAGGGAGAAUUGGAACAAGCUGAAGCACGUGUGAGUCGCUUGGAACAAGAAAUCACGACUUUAAGGCAGCAACAAUGGGAAGCCAAAGUGCCUGCCGCCACACAAAAGGCUGAAUGGGAAAGCAGGAUCAAUGAGCUGCAAUCCAAAUACGACCAAGCUCAGCAACAAUGCAAUCAAAGCAAAGCUGAUCUUGCUGCUAUGGCGACCGAUCUCACAGCAUGGAAGGAGAAACAUCAACAAUUGAGUGAAUCCAUGACUCGAUACAAACAAUUACAAGAUCAGCAGCAAGCACUAGAGCAGGCCAGAAUUCGUGAGAAUCAUUUGAAAACUAUCAACAAGACCCUUCGGGAUGAGAUUCGCAAGGCAUCGAGUCGUGAUGAUUCAACGGUCAAUAUUGAAUAUCUACGAAAUGUUAUUAUCAAGUUUCUCGAGAAAAAGCAAACACGGGCGCAGUUGGUUCCCGUAUUAUCAACGUUAUUACAAUGCUCGCAAGAGGAUCAAUCACGACUCAGCAAUCUCGUCCGACACCCCAGUCGUAACAGCUUAUAA